UUCAUCUACUCAUUCUGAUCAGUCUGAAGUUUUAAUGGUGGAUGUGGCAACAAGUUUGCCUGUUUUUUCCAACGAGGUGCUGACUUCAGAGGUUGCUGAAGACACUGUGGUGACCACUUCUGUAGCAAAUUCUGGAGAGAGGGUAGCAGUGCAGGUGGCAAGCCACUCCUCUGUCCAUGUAGCUUUGGGGUCUAAGCCUACAGACGAUCAGGCUGAACCAGCAACGGCUCCCUCACCCUCCUUGCAGGAUGAACAAGACCUCCCUGCCUUUGAUCAAGCUCCUCGGGGGUCCUGGCAGGCUGGCACUGGGGGGAAGGCCACCCCUCAUAUCUCAUCUAUCUUUAACGACAAGCCUGUGAUUGAAGCAGUUACUCAUAUGGAGCGAACAUCAGAAGAAGUAGUUAUCGCUUUUUCCGAUCACAUUGUUAGUCUUAAAGAGAUUGAGCAGUCACCACCAGAGAGUGCCAUUCUUAUAGAAAAGAGAGUCUCGGGCGGGCCUGAAAAAGCUGAGGGUUCUGCAGCACUUGCCCCAUUGGAGGAUGCAAACCAUCCCUCCGUGCAGGUGGAGGCAGAAGCAACCAUUCUGAUCUCCGACACCUCUCUGAAAGGCCUGCUUGCACAGUCCCUGAACCCAGAGGGCGCCGCCCAGGCCAUAGGCUCUCAGAGAUCUCUGCAUCUUGAAGUGGAGAUCAUUGCGCUAGUUCCCGGGCAGGAGGAGGACUUGGCCCCCCCGGAGGCGGAGGUCAGACCCAGGGGCUCUGGGGAAGCUGCCCAAGCCAGGCAGGAGGAAGACUCCGCCCCCCCGGAGGCAGAGGUCAGACCCAGGGGCUCUGGGGAAGCUGCCCAAGCCAGGCAGGAGGAAGACUCCGCCCCCCUGGAGGCAGAGGUCAGACCCAGGGGCUCUGGGGAAGCUGCCCAAGCCAGGCAGGAGGAAGACUCCGCCCCCCCAGAGGCAGAGGUCAGACCCAGGGGCUCUGGGGAAGCUGCCCAAGCCAGGCAGAAGGAAGACUCCGCCCCCCCAGAGGCAGAGGUCAGACCCAGGGGCUCUGGGGAAGCUGCCCAAGCCAGGCAGGAGGAAGACUCCGCCCCCCUGGAGGCAGAGGUCAGACCCAGGGGCUCUGGGGAAGCUGCCCAAGCCGGGCAGAAGGAAGACUCCGCCCCCCCAGAGGCAGAGGUCAGACCCAGGGGCUCUGGGGAAGCUGCCCAAGCCAGGCAGGAGGAAGACUCCGCCCCCCCGGAGGCAGAGGUCAGACCCAGGGGCUCUGGGGAAGCUGCCCAAGCCAGGCAGGAGGAGGACUCCGCCCCCCCGGAGGCAGAGGUCAGACCCACGGGCUCUGGGGAAGCUGCCCAAGCCAGGCAGGAGGAGGACUCCGCCCCUCCGGAGGCAGAGGUCAGACCAGUGGGCUCUGGGGAAGCUGCCCAAGCCGGGCAGGAGGAAGACUCCGUCCCCCCGGAGGCAGAGGUCAGACCCGUGGGCUCUGGGGAAGCUGCCGAAGCCUUGCACUCAGGUGCCUCAGUAACGCCAGAGAUCGAACCCGAAGGGGAGGCAGCACCUGCACCAGGUUUGAUGGAGCCAGCAAUAGCAACAAGCGAAGCAGGACAGCCACCACCAUAUUCUAACACGUGGACCCUUUACUGUCUAACUGAUAUGAAUCAACCAAGCCGCCCAUCACCGCCACCUGCACCUGGGCCUUUCCCCCAGGCCACCCUCUAUUUACCUAAUGCUAAGGAUCUGCAGAGUCCACCGAAAGUCACUUCUCCAACUUACGUGAUGAUGGACGACAGCAAGAAGGCCAGUGCCCCGCCUUUUAUCCUAGUAGGCGCCAAUGUCCAGGAAGCGCAGGACUGGAAGCCGCUUCCCGGGCACGCGGUCGUGUCCCAGUCAGAUACCCUGAAGAGAUACGCGACAGUCCAAGUGCCCAUUGCCGUUCCUGCAGAUCAGAAAUUCCAGAAACUCCCCCGACAUGCCCAGAGUGCUAGUCCUCCUUCCAGUGGACAAGAAGGUCCCCGGCCACAGAGCCCAGUUUUCCUUUCUCUCGCUAUCCCGGUAGAAGAUGUAGCCAAAAAGUGUUCAGGAUCUGGUGACAAACGUACCCCCUUUGGAAGUUACGGUAUUGCUGGAGAGAUAACCCUGACUACUGCCAAUGUCCGCAGAGCAGAACCCUAAUGCCACAGAUGCUGAAAACGAGGCUGUCUGAGUCGACGUUCAAGGUGGAGUCUGCCACCACGCGUAAUGUAUCAGUAAACUUCCUGCAGCAUAA